UAGAGGAUGCCUGUAGGUACCGCCCCUACGUGCUUCACCGUCACCCUGGUCACGUGGUUGUGACGUCGCCGGCUCCUCAGGCUUUAACUUAUUGGUACCAUAAUAACCAUCGCUGUGCGGAUCCGAGAGCAGGGGCCACUUCCCAAGCUGGGGCCACAGUGAUGGAAACAAAGCAGGUGGCUGAGAAGAUCUUGAAUCUCACCCUGGAGACCAUUUUCUUCCUGACUGGAGAGGAUUAUGUUGUAGUGAAGAAGCAGAGAGACCCAGACAAAGACAACAAUGGCACCUGCUUGUCAGAGGGGACCUGCCAAAUGCAACGGCCAUUCCUAAAUCCUCCCCCAAACUUCCAGGUCCAUGAGAAGAACAUCCUAGCGCUCACUCACGCAAUUGUCCACCUGCUGACUGGAGAGGUCCUUAAUCGCUGUAAAGAUGUCUCUUUUGGCUUCACCAUGGAGCAGCAGGGACACAAGUACCAGAUGGAGAAUCACUGGAGCAAAAUACCCAGUGGCUGCGACAGUUUAAAUCCUGAGAUCACCAGGAAUGAGAGGGAAUAUGAGAGAGAUCGUACAGAUCCUCCAGAGACAAGAAUACAUCUGAAUCCCACUACAGGGGAAUUCAGUAACAGAAACAUUCCACUAACAAGUCCCAGGAACCUUUAUGUUCAAGAGUGGCCAGGGGAAGAGAAUAGGAUGACGCAGGAACUCCAGGUUAAACAAGAGGAUGUGACCUUCCUGCAGCAGAAUCGGCAAAUCCCUGCAGAACUCGGCACAGAGGGAGACUCCAGCUGGACAAUCCCACGAGAGGAGAACCACUUUGCUUCUGAAUUCCCCAUUGAAAGUGGAAAUAUCUCCAGUGAGAAUUCAGCUACGGAAAAGAAAAGUGACCCAGUGAUAAUUAGUAAGAGUAUUUGUUCCUUAACUGAAGAAUUCAGCCCCCCCAGGCCUCCCAAAGAGCAAACGGGGACAGACUCACAGAGUGGAGAGGGAGAACGGAAAUUGUAUUCGUGUUCUAAAUGUGGAAAAUUUUUUGCCACAAAAUUAACUCUCAUCAAACAUCAGAAGUUUCACAUCGGUGACUUUUCUUGUUCCUACUGCGAAAAAAGCUACAAGUGGAAGUCGAAUCUUCUGGUGCAUGAGAGAAGUCACGCCCGGGAGAAACCAUUUGUUUGCUCUGAGUGCGGCAAGUGUUUCAGCCAGAACUCCACCCUGGUUACACACCAGAGAAUUCACACGGGGGAGAAACCAUUUGUCUGCUCUGAGUGCGGCAAGUGUUAUACCCAGUACGCCCGUCUCCUCGCUCACCACAGGACUCACACCGGCGAAAAACCUUACUUCUGUUCCGAUUGUGGCAAAUCUUUCGCUCAGAUGCCACAUCUUGUUAAACACCAAUGGAGACACAAACAAGGACGGAAUACGCCCUCAAGCUCCUACUUCUCGAAAUGAGCUAUAAAAAUGUUAUUUCUAUAAAACUCUUAUUUGUGACUAUGAAGAUUUUCAUUCAUCCAGGUCAUGUUAUAUCUAGUAUAAGUAAUUCUAAAACAACUAGACUUGCUCAUUGAUCAUUGAAGACUUUUCACUACUCAUCCGAGCAGCUUCUUCAGUUUGGAAAAUAUGACAACUGAUACAGAGUCCAAGGACAAGGAGCAUAAAGAUUUCCGAGGAGCUUUGAAAGCAUGUGGCUACCCAGACUGGACAUUAGUCAAAACUAGGGAUGCACAGAAUCCAGGAUUCAGUUUGGGAUUUGGCCAGAAUUCUGCCUUUUUUCAGCAGGAUUCGGAUUUGGCUGAAUCCUUUUGCCCGGACGAACUGAAUCACAGUAACUACACAGAAUCUACACCUCUUCAGAUCUCACCUCUUUGAAGAGUUACAAUGUGCCAUUGUGAUUGGAUUAGUGGAAGCGUUUAUAUGCCGAGAACUUCCCACACCAGUCAGUUGUACUGAAGAAGCUGCUCGGAUGAGUAGUGAAACGCCUUCUUUGUGCUUAAAUAUUCAUUUGUUUAGAUUGGUAGGUAAAUACUUUAUUAUCCAGGUAGAGAUCAUAAUAUAAUAUAAAUCAUGAACAUGAUCCAA